CACUACAGCCCCACGCUUCAAUUUGUUUGUGCGAAUUUGUGAAAUUGCACAUAAAAUGCCGGAAGAACCAGAGAAAACGGCGGACGACAAGCGCAGUCACUUGCCGUGGAUUGAGAAGUACCGCCCCGUGAAGUUCAAGGAGAUAGUGGGCAAUGAGGAUACCGUAGCAAGACUAUCCGUAUUCGCCACCCAGGGAAAUGCACCCAAUAUUAUUAUUGCUGGUCCUCCUGGCGUGGGCAAGACAACCACCAUCCAGUGUCUGGCCAGGAUUCUCCUGGGAGACAGCUACAAGGAGGCUGUCCUCGAGCUGAAUGCCUCCAAUGAACGAGGAAUCGAUGUGGUCCGCAACAAGAUCAAGAUGUUUGCUCAGCAGAAGGUGACACUGCCGCGGGGCAGGCACAAGAUUGUGAUUCUGGACGAGGCGGACAGCAUGACGGAGGGUGCCCAGCAGGCACUGCGCCGGACCAUGGAGAUCUACAGCAGCACCACUCGUUUUGCCCUGGCCUGCAACACCAGCGAGAAGAUCAUAGAGCCUAUCCAGUCCCGCUGCGCCAUGCUACGAUUCACCAAGCUGUCCGAUGCGCAAGUUCUGGCCAAGCUCAUCGAGGUGGCCAAGUGGGAGAAGCUUAACUACACGGAGGACGGACUUGAGGCCAUCGUAUUCACUGCCCAAGGUGAUAUGCGACAGGGACUGAACAACCUGCAGUCCACCGCUCAGGGAUUUGGCGACAUCACCGCUGAGAACGUCUUUAAGGUCUGCGACGAGCCGCACCCAAAGCUCCUAGAGGAGAUGAUCCACCAUUGCGCUGCUAACGACAUACACAAGGCCUACAAAAUCCUGGCCAAGCUGUGGAAGCUGGGAUACUCGCCGGAGGACAUCAUUGCGAACAUAUUCCGUGUCUGCAAGCGCAUCAACAUCGAUGAGCAUUUGAAGCUGGACUUUAUCCGUGAGAUCGGAAUCACCCACAUGAAGAUUAUCGAUGGUAUCAACUCGCUGCUGCAGCUCACCGCCCUUCUGGCCAAACUCUGCAUUGCCGCCGAGAAGCAUUAGAUUUAAUAUGAACUAUAGGUUAAAGAAAUCUCAGAGAUAAAUAAAAUUGGAGAUAAAUAAGUCCUUUUCAGUAUUG